AUGGAAGCUCGAAACUUCGACGUGCGCCGUUGUCUUUUCAUUUCGUGUAUAUUUGGUUUUCAUAUUUCCGCCCUUCGCUUCGAUGAUGCUCCGGCUAAUCCUGAAGAGGCCCAGCCUACUUUGGCAGACUCCAAAUGUGAGAAGAAGCUGCAGACGCUCGAAGAGGAAGUUCUGCGAUUCUGUCACUCGGAGCAGGAGGGCUUGAAGAACGGCCAGUACAAAUGGCUCACGCAUGUCAGAGAUGUGAACGCCACUGAGAUGGCCCGCAACGUCAUGCAUGCCCUGAGAUGGGGAAAGCGAGAUGCAUCACAUGGGCUGCUCUUCACGAAGAAGACUUUCUACGACCGGAACUCUACUUUACUCCUGUGGAGCGGCGUCUCUCCGCGAUCGCGUGAGAAGUGGUGCAAAUCCUUGAACAUGUACAUGUUGCACGCUGGUGGCAAUGACGAUAUCCAGACGCCCUUCGGCAUCAUUCUGGAGAAGAUCAAAGGCGAGGAUGAUGAUAGGCUUUUGCAAGGAUGCGAGUGGACCCAGCAGGAGCCAAUAUGGCAAGCAGCCUCAGACGCUGUCGUGUGGCGAAGUGGAGAUUCUCUUGUGCGGCUUCUGUUGAACAAGUCCUUGAAAGGCAAUUGGUCUCUGCGGGAGAGCGUCUUUUAUCGAGCCGAGCUCCCUGCGCUCGCAAGAUAUCCGCCCGAAAAGGGUUUUCGGGUGCUAAACGAGCACCCGCAUGUCAAGUGCCGCCACCUUAUGCCAAUUGUCAAAGCCAAAAUCGAAAGCAAUGGGCUUCUAGAUGACUGGCGCAAGGUGAAGACCUUCUCAUGCGUGGACGUCUUGCAGGUGUCAGCGAUGAGCUCUUCAGAGUUGGAGCACAAGCACCUGGAUAGCAAGGCGACGGAGUUCUUGAAGCCAGGGGAGCAGCUCGCGCCGGAGUGUGGCAUGAACAAGUUGACCUUGCAAAGCUACCAGGACUGCCGUGUCAGAGGCCAGAUCGACUUCAGUUUCUUUCAGAUGGUAGCAGGUCUGCUGCCAUCAGAGCACACUCCAAAGAUCGGCAACUUAAGGCUGCCCCAACUGUCGAUAAAAUACCAGCAGCUCCCAGCCAUCCUCCCGGACAUUGCGGAGAUGUUCCACACGUCCAUACCGUCGGAGCUGUGCCUCUUGUCGAUUUCACUCGGGAAGUUGCCAGAGGACGAGCGACGCGCAGCUGAGGAGACUCUACGAGUCUUUGUUCCGAAGGACGUGGAAAGGGCAUGCCGAGAAGGCGCAGAGGAAUUGCUGCCAGAGCUCCGGAAAGCUUUGGAAGACUCUGAAGGAAGAGUCCGCAAAAGUGCAGCUGAAGCUUUGCUUUCCAUCAGCAAAGAGGCACCGGAAGUGGCGAUGCCAGCUCUCUGGGAAGUGUUUUUUUUGGGCGGCUGUGGGAAAUGGGACCAUUGUGAGGUUGCUGAAGCCUUGGGCUCCAUAGGCAAAGAGGCACCCGAAGCCGUGCUGCCGGAGCUUCGGAGGGCUUUGGGCGCCUCUACCAGUGUCUGCAGAAGUGCCGCUAUAGCCUUAGCCAGCAUUGGCAAAGCAGCGAAGGAAGCCGUGCCCGAGCUCAGGAAGGCAUUCAACGCCGGGAAAGGUUGGCCGUUGCGGACCGGGCGUUUCCAGAUUGAUUUUAUCAAGAGGGCCUUGGCUUCCAUAGGCGAAGAGGCAAAAGAAGCCUUGCCCGACUUGGUGAAGGCUUUCGACCCAAAAACACCCAAAGACUGGGAGCUGGAUCGCACCGUGGGCUCCAUCGAUUUUGUAUACUCUUGCAGCUGGGGCGAUGGCUGGCAGGCUGCUGAGGCAAUGGGUCAAUUCGAAGAGCCAAGUGAAGCCGCGCUGUCGCAGCUCCGGCGAGCCUUGGGCAACUCUGACAAAGCCGUCCGCACAAAGGCCGCUUUCGUCUUGGGGUCCUGGAGCAAAGAGUUGCCCGAAGCAGUGCUGGAGCUCAAGAGGGCUUUGGGUGAUUCUGACAAACGGGAGCGCCAAAGGGCUGCUAAAGCCUUGGCCAGAAGUGGCAAAACGGCAAAGGAAGCCGUGCCCGAGCUGCGGAAGGUUUUGGGGGACCCUGAUCGCAAUAUCCGCAGGAUUGCCGCUGCAACCUUAGGCAGACUCGGCAAGGAGGCAAAGGAAGCCGUGCCCGAGCUGCGCAAGGCGUUGGGGGACCCUGCCUUGGGCGUCCGCCGGAGUGCCGCUGAAGCCUUGGGCAGACUCGGCAAAGAGGCAAAGGAAGCCGUGCCCGAUCUGUGGAAGGUAUUUUUUUUGAAGUGCAGCGACUGCACUGGCGGAGAGGAGUAUGACCUGGAUGUACUUAUUGCAAUCGCUGCUGAAGCCCUUGGCUCCAUAGGCACAGAAGCACCUGAAGCCGUGCUGCCGGAGUUGCGGAAGGCUUUGGACGACUCUUCCAUUUGGGUCCGCAAAGAAGCCGUGAAUGCCAUGCGUGUUAUGGCCGGAAAGGCACCCGAAGCUGUGCUGCCGGAGCUCCGGAAGGCUUUGGGGGAUUCGAAUUGCUUUGUCCGUCAAGGCACCGCCAAGGCUCUGGGUUCUAUCGGCAAGGCAGCAGUGCCCGAGCUCCGCAGGGCUCUGCACGACUCUUACUCCCAGGUUCGCAGAAAUGCUGUGAAAGCCUUGCUCUCCAUAUGCAAAGAGGAACCCCAAGUCGUGCUGCCGGAGCUCCGGAGGGCUUUGGCGGACUCUGACAAACACGUCCGCGCUGUUGCGAUUGAAGCUUUGGUUUCCAUGGGAAGGAAAACACCCGAAGCCGUGCUGCCGGAGCUGCAGAAGGCUCUCAGCGUGGCUUUCAGCGACUCCGAUUCAUUUGUACGCUCAAGAGCCGUCGACGCCUUGGGUUUCAUGGGUACAGAAGCAGUGCUGCCGGAGCUCCUGAAGGCUUUGGGCGACUCUGACAAAUGGGUGCGAGCAAGUGCCGCUGAAGCCUUGAGCUUCUUCGGCAAAGAGGCGGCAAAGAAAGCUGUGCCCCAGCUCCUGCAGGCUUUGCUCGAUCGUGAUAGAGAAGUCCGCCAACGUGUCGCUCAAGCCUUGGGUUCCAUCGGCAGAGAGGCACCAGAAGCUGUGCUAGGCGAGCUCCUUCCCUGUUUCGCAGACGUUGAUGACUUUAGAUUUCGGAGUCCGGAAUUUCUUAGAGGGGCCGUUGAAGCCUUCGGCUACAUGGGCAAAGAGGCAAAGGAAGCCGUGCCCACACUCCUUAAAGACGUGGUGUACUGUCGCUUUGAGGAGGUGGCCAACAGCAGCGCUGAAGCCUUGCGCAGAAUCUGGACAGAGUCAAAGGAGGCCGUGCCCCAGCUCGAGCUCCAGAAGGCUUUGAUCGAACAUAGGAGUUGCAGUCGGCAUUGGCGUCGGUGA